CGCAUUUUUACUAAACAUGAAAAAGAAAGAAACGCAAAACUUAUAACUACCACAAGACAAAAGAAGCUUAUUCCAGUUCUCUGCAAAUAAUACAGUCGAGAGUAGUUAAAAUUAACUAGAGCCUUUUGCCAAAACGUGUAAAUAGAGGGCGAGAAUUGGAAGUGGACUAGCAGUGGUGUCAAAUAUCUUCAGGUAACGAGGAAUUCGCAGAAUCUCUUUUGCUCAGCGACUGCUGAGAUGGUAGCCGUUCGUUUUAUUAAGAAGCUAAAUACUUUUAGCCAAAAAUGUGGACGUUUACGUUUAUACCACACCUUAAAAAUUGAAGAAAGGGAUGGUAUUGCUAUUAUUAAAGUAGAUCAGACUAGUAAAAAGUCAAAUGCGUUGGAGGAAAGGUUUCUUUUAGAACUUUCACGAUGUUACGACGAACUUAAUAAAAAUGAAAAGAUCAAUUCUGUUAUUGUUAUGUCUGGAAAAUCAGAAAGUUUCUUAUCGGGGAUAGAUGGGGACUUGAUUAGUUCUUUAAAAACAGAUAGCCAAAUUUCUUCAUUAUGCCGAAAAAGUCAAGAAAUUUUAAACUUAAUUUCAGGUGGCCGUUUAUCGUUCAUUGCAGCGAUACAUGGCGCUGCCUUGGGCUUUGGACUAGAACUAGCUCUUGCCUGCCACUACAGGAUUGCUUCAAAAUCGCCUGUUACUAAGUUGGGUUUGCCAGAAGUUCGACUUGGCUUGCUUCCCUGCGCAGGUGGAACUCAACGUCUUCCUCAGCUCAUCGGACUGCAGUCUACUCUUCCGCUACUCUUGAAAGGCAAUGUUAUUGAUGCAGUUCAGGCCCAUAAAAUUGGGCUCGUCGACGAAAUUACGGAGAGAAUCGGGCCGAGUGAUCUGAGUUCCGAUGAAAAUACAAGGAAAUUUCUUAAAGAAGUUGCUAUUAAAGUUUCCAAGGAAAUGUUUGCAGGUCGUAUAAAUCUCGAGCGUAAAUUUCGUUUUAACAGCGCUGCUCAGACCUUAAAUGCUGCUUUGAAGUAUAUUUGCCGAGAAAAUCCAACUAUUCGAAAUUAUAUUUUUAAGAAAACCAAAGAAAAAAUAUUGAAAGAGACUCAUGCUCUCUAUCCGGCCCCCCUCCAAAUUCUAGAAGUAGUGAAAACCGGUUUGGAAUGCGGAUUAACAAAAGGUCUUGAACACGAGGCGCGUGUCUUUGCGGAAUUGUUUCGGACCAGUGAGAGCAAAGCUCUUGUGGGAUUGGCUUCUGAGGAGAAAGCGUGCAGACAACCUCCAGCUCCGUGGGUUUCUCGUUCACCAAGAAAAGUAGAGAAUAUCCAUAUUAUCGGCGCUGGACUGAUUGGUGCAGGCAUCGCGGAGGUUAGUCUUUCGAAGUUUAACGUUUUUAUUAAGGACGCAACGGAUUCUGCAAUUGCGAGAGGCCUCGAGCAAAUUGGGGCCAGUUUACAAAGCAGAGUUGUCAAAGGGCACUUAAGUCAGUUUGAAUCCGACAAAUUAAUGGAGUCGAUCCAAACCACCACCGGCUUCAAGUUCACAAAAAAGUGCGAUUUUAUAUUUGAGGCCGUUCCAGAGUCUUUAAAUAACAAACAGCAAAUAAUUGAACAAUUAAAUGAACGUAUUCCAGCUCAUUGCAUUAUUGCCACCAACACUUCUUCUAUAUCCGUUGAAGAGAUUGCAAAGAUUGCUAAACGGCCGGAGUUGGUGCUUGGCAUGCAUUACUUUACUCCAGUUAGUGAGACAAAGUUGUUGGAGAUAAUUCCUCAUUCAACUACAAGCCCUGAAGCUGUUGCUACCGCUUUUGCUGUUGGCGCUAAGCAGGGAAAAGUUGGUAUUGUCGUGAAGGACACCCCAGGAUUUUACGUCAAUCGCUGCAUUGGCCCAUACUUGAACGAGUGUUUGAGACUUUUAUCGGAAGGGACUGAUCCUAUAAGACUCGAUGAAGCUUUGACUUUGUACGGCUUUCCUAUUGGCCCGUUGGCUUAUGCGGAUGCUAUUGGGCUUGACUUUUUCGAGCAAGUGCUUUCCUCUUUACAAGGCCAUCUGGGAAGUUGUGUUGAGCAUACUACAGAACUGACCUUUUUGGGCCGUAUGGUUAAUGAAGGCUUUGUUGGUCAGAAAACAGGAAAGGGCUUUUAUUUGAAAGACAAAAGAAUGAAAGGAAGUCGUGUUUUGAAUUCAGAAGCUUUAAAAUUUAUUAAAAAGUAUAAGAAAAGUGUUGUUGAUGCUGAAUUAUCUCUGCACGACUUACAAAGAAGACCUACUUUCUUACUUGUUAAUGAGGCUGCACGGUGUUUACAAGACGAGGUUAUAAUGUCCCCAAGUGUUGGGGAUUUGGGACUUGUUCUCGGUUGCGGAUUUCCCCCGUGUAAAGGCGGUCCCUUUCGGUUUUUAGACAGUUUUGGACUUCAAAAGUUUAUUGACCAAAUGCGGCGCUACAGAGACGCACUGGGUGUCCGCUUUGAACCCGCUUCUCUUCUAUUGGACUAUGCUAAAGCUAAUAAAAAGUUUUAUUCAUAA